AUGGGAGACGCCCCAAACAAGAUCUCAAUUACUAUCUGCGGGGACGGUGGAUGCGGAAAGUCUUCCAUCACCCUGCGGCUGGUUCGCAGCGAAUGGGUCCACGAAUAUGACCCUACCAUAGAGGACUCGUAUUCUGUUUCGCGUACCAUCGAUGGAGAACAAUAUUUCUUGUCUAUUACCGAUACUGCUGGCCAGGAGGAAUAUCGAGGAUUGUGGGCAGCGUCCAACCUAAAAUCGGAUGCGUUUCUUCUCGUUUACGACAUCACUAGCAAGUCCUCCUUAAGCGCCCUAGAUUAUUUCAUGGAUAUGAUCGAGAUGGAAGCCGAUCAACGUGCGGAGGACAACUUGCGGUUGAUGAGAGAACUAGGCGAUAGUGCACGAGGGGUAGAAUUUGGUAUGGCUGCCCCAGUGAAGAUUGUCGCGGGGAAUAAAUGCGAUCUGAAGGACAGCCGGGUCAUCAGCGCGAAAGACGGCCUGGAAUAUGCCCGGAAACACAACAGCGGAUUUAUGGAAACAAGUGCUCGGGAAAUGGUUAAUAUCGAAGAAACAUUUGCUCGUGCGGAUCCUUCCCGAUUCUCGAAAUGCGCGAUCUGA